AUGUCUCGUCCUCACCACCAGCUGCUGAAGCAACUCUGCCACGAUGAAAACCUCUUCAAAAAGGCUAAAGAGACACUGCAUACUGCGAGCCUGAAGACGGGGCCGGGAUCAGGCUAUGUCCUUGGCGAUGGUGGAAGCGGGCUGCCAGCCAUAUGCGCUUUCCUUACUGCGCAAGAUAUUGGAGACACCGAUCUCUCCGAGAAGGUCGCCCAGAACGCGUCCUGUUUGAAGCCGAGAGUAUGGAAGACCACCCUAGCCAUCGUCCGUUCCGCGCUCGAGGCAGCGGCAGCAGCGGAGGCAGCUUCAAAGAAGGCGGCACGCACCGUUACAUAUCAGGCUCUCGCAGUGCAACAUAGGCUAGGACGGAAGGACGUGGUGGUCAAGUGGAUGCAAGAGGCAGAGCGAGCACUGAUGUCGAACACCGAAGUUCGAAGGCGGCAUGGGAGCGCGUACGACGCGAUCACAUUGGCGGUGUUCAGCUGGACGUGCGAGCAGAUAGGGCCACAAACGGCGAAGAAAGUCGAUACGCCUUCACUACUUGCCCAGUACGCUGUGCCGCAAGAUCAGUUUGACGAGAUCACGGAAGCCCUUCUCACCUCCUGCAAGGCGGUUGAGAAGCUGAUCAAAGACAACAUCAAGGCCCUCAAGGCCGACUCGUCUUCCCCAGCCAAAGCGCGAGUCGCCCGGGCCUCUUCCUCCAAAGUUGCUGCCGCACCUCCUGCUGCCCCAUUCCCUACCGCUCCCUCGCGACAGGCGUCCGAGUCGUCUAUUCGAGAGCCCGCCGCGACACCACGCUCCCCUACCAAGUCCCCUACCAAGUCUGCCCUCCGGGCUUCCAGCGUCGGACUCACUACGCAGACGCCCACCCACAAGCGCAAAGUCGCCUUCGAGGGCCCGAUAGCAGAGGAAGAAGAAGAGGAAGAGGACUUUGACGCGACGGCGACGCCCUCGAAGCGCCGCAAGCUCUUCUCGCCCACGAAGUCGAGCGCCGGGCUCCCGCUCACCCCCCGCACGUCGUCGCGCAUCGCCUCACGCGUCGCGGCGGGCGACGACGACCGGGCCAGCCAGGCGAGUCCGUCGACGCCCCGUAGGGCACGCACGACCGCGCAGCCGUCGUCGACGCACUCAAGCCGCUCGCGGAUGAGCACGGGGAGCGCGCCAUCGACCCCGACGAAGCACACGAAGCUGGCUACAGUGCUUGAGCAAGCGGGGCCGAGACGGUGUCGACCCGUCUUUGCGGACCAGCAGCAGUGGCUGAAGGGUGAUGCGCGGCUCGAACGCGAGCUGCGGCCGUGGGCGGAGAAGUGGCGAGAGCUCGUGCGGAGCGCAGAUGGGAAUGUCUGGAAAGCCGCGGGGAUGGCUUGA